CGCACCGAGACAGUCUCCCGAGCCAUCCACGUGAACCGCGUUUCAAUAUCUCAGUUUUACCAGCGCAACCGAAUACCAUACCUUCUGGAUCAUUUCUAUAUGAUGCCUAACGCGAAGCUUAGGAAACGAGAUCGAUUCCGUGCUUUUUUGCGACCAAAAUCAUCCAAGGAGAAGGAGGCAGACUCACAUACCCCGGCUACCAGUGCGUCCGUGACGGACGCGUCGGGGGCGAAUUUGCUCUUGGCCUCCGUCGUCGGGGUGAACGAAACACCCACAUCACCAUCGACCAGAGCACCAUUGACGCAAAAGUUCACGCCAUCAACGGAGUCAUCGGCAGCAGGAAACAGACCUAGGGGCACUUUCCGGGACCUUGCCACCGGAUCGGACUCUGCACGGCGACCGGUACAGCUCACGGCAACGGUGACGCCGAAGCAACCAAAUGAGCCGGGGGACCCAGAUACGCCGAAGCACGCAAAUAAGCCGGGGCACGCAGAGAUGCGAAACGAAGGGGAACCUAGUUACCCACAACCAAAGUAUCCAUCGAACACGAAUCCAAACACGCAAGCACAAGUCUUCCAGGGCCGCCAGACGAACAUGUUAGGUAUCGGAAACUCGGACACCCAGCGGAUCUACCAGGACUCCAACCACUUCGAGUUCGUGGGUGGAGAGUUCCAUGGCGGCCAGACCCUUGUUUUUAGCGAGUACGUUUCACUGCAACCUGCCCGUAAUGAUCGCUUUAAUAUCCGCGAGGUCAGCACUGUGAAGAUGGAUUAGAUUCCGAAGGCGAGCGAAGAUAUGGGCCCCAACAUGUCAUCUCUGAGAAUCGUAAUGUAUUAGUUGUCCAUCAGUUCCGUCUUCAACCAAGCGUCGUAGGUGAUGGUAGAUUCGUUGCGGCCGGAAACGCCUUGGAGUCCACCGCGGAUGUACAUGAUGGCAUUGGAGAACGCUUCUUAACCAUCUAUACGGUAGUCCGUGAGGUUCAUGACCGCUCGGUGGGCCAAGUCCGGGCCGUCCACGAGCUGCGACAAAACUGUCUUCAUGGAUCCCGCACUCUGUCUGCUCACUUAUACUGGCUCGUCGGCUCUCCAGUCAGCUUCGGAUUCGAUAAUUGCCAUGGAAUUCCCAGACGCUGCGACGCAUAGUGACAUCCUGUUGCUGCGUGCUAUGAAUGUCUCCGCAAACAUUGUCGUGUCGGUAAUCGUCGUCCACUGCGUCCCGGAGAAACGAUAGCCAUCCUUAUUGUAGAGUCGGCACAUAAGCUGUUCGUCG